AUGUGAAACUCUAGUUUCUGUGGCUGGAGCUGUGGCUGGAGCCUUUUUGUUUCGUUUCGUUUUGUUUUCCUGGAGGAGAUAUCUUUGGGAUAGUUUGUUGGUGGUGAAAGGCUGCGAAUUUUGGGAGUGGAUUGGGAGGGGAGAUCUAUCUAUCUCUCUCUCUCUCUCUACACACACACACACACAUAUAUAUAUAUGUAUACAUGCACCGUUUCUCACCUGCUGGAGCAGCUCUGUACGCGUUGGGACUGAGCGGCUGGCGGCAGCCACCAGCACCAUGUCCAAGGUGGUCCAGAGGAGGAACCAUUGGAGCAACAAGGUGCGGGAGAGUGCGGUGGACAGGCAGCAAGGGGAGAGGCUGGCCGCACUGCUGUCCGGCGGCGCUGAGCUGGGGCAGUUCCCGCAGCUGGCGGCCGGGGACGGGGCCGGGGCCGGGGAGGAGCUGCUGCUGCUGCUGGAGGUGGACGGGCAGCCGGUGUCCGGACUCCCGCUCUACGAUGUCCGUACCCUGCUCACCGCCGGCAACAACCACCCCAUCCGCCUCAAGACCGUCAAACAAGGAAGUAAACUGAACAAGGACCUGCGACAUUAUCUCAACCAGAGGUUUCAGAAAGGUUCAGCAGAUCACGAACUACAGCAGACUAUACGGGACAACCUCUAUCGAUACGCCGUGCCUUGCACGACGAGAUCUCCUCGCGACGGUGAGAUUGCCGGCAUUGACUACAACUUUCUCACGGUAAAGGAGUUCUUUGACCUCGAGGAAGGAGGCUCUCUUCUAGAAGUUGGGACAUAUGAAGGCAACUACUAUGGAACGCCAAAGCCGCCCAGCCAACCGCACAACAGGGAAGUGAGCAAUCGUGAUGCCUUGCGGAGUCCUCAUUCUGGCUCAAAGCCGACCCCAAAGCGCAGCAAGUCCUACAAUGAUAUGCAAAACGCUGGCAUAGAGCAAGCAGAGAAUGGAGAUGAUGAGGAAAACCCUGACAUGAAUAGCAGUUUUACAGAUUCUAGUGAACAAGACGAACACACGUUCCCCAAGGAAGCAGCGCCUCUGUACAGCAACGCUACCAGUUCCAACAACCACAAGGCCGACCUACCGCAACAGCAAGUCGGACACUCAGAGCACGCCGUCGACAGCCUUGGCCCGCUGCCCGACAACUUGGAAAUGGCGUUCACCGAAAACGGAGAAGUCUACUUUAUCGACCAUAAUACGAAGACCACAUCGUGGCUUGAUCCAAGGUGCCUGAGCAAGCAAGCAAAGCCACUGGAAGAAUGUGAAGAUGAUGAAGGGGUACACACAGAAGAACUGGACAGUGAAAUAGAGUUGCCCACAGGAUGGGAGAAAAUAGAUGACCCUGUCUAUGGUGUCUAUUAUGUUGAUCACAUCAACAGGAAGACACAGUAUGAGAAUCCAGUUGCUGAGGCCAAGCGCAAGAAGCACCUCCAGCAGCAACAAGCAAAGGAUUGGACAGAGCACCCAGCACGGCCCGGCCCCAAAGCCCCAAAUUACACACAGAAUAAUCAGGGCUCCUUCAGAGAAACGCCGGCACAAGGAGGCAAGCCCUUCUUCACAAGAAACCCGGCGGAACUGAAGGGACAGUUCAUCAACACCAAACUAAAGAAGAGCACCCGUGGUUUUGGUUUCACCGUCGUCGGUGGUGAUGAGCCCGAUGAAUUCCUGCAGAUUAAAAGCCUCGUUCUUGAUGGGCCCGCGGCAUUGGAUGGCAAAAUGGAGACAGGUGAUGUGAUAGUGAGUGUGAACAGCAGCUGUGUGCUGGGUUACACGCACGCUCAAGUUGUGAAGAUAUUCCAGUCCAUCCCCAUCGGGGCCACCGUGGACCUUGAACUUUGCCGGGGAUACCCGCUGCCCUUUGACCCCGACGACCCCAACACCAGCCUGGUGACCUCGGUGGCCAUUUCGGACAAGGAGCCGAUCAUCGUCAACGGCCAGGAGAACUGCGACUCGCUCUCCAGCCACAGCAGCCAGACGGCGCCGGUGAACGGCAACGGGCCGAGGGACCAGAGACCGUACAGCCCGUCGUCCGGCGAGGUGUCCUCCUCCAACGGGUCGCACACGGGCUUCGGCAGCGACAACGCCACGCUGGCCUCCUCCAUCGCCACCCAGCCCGAACUCAUCACCGUCCACAUCGUGAAGGGGCCGAUGGGUUUUGGCUUCACCAUCGCCGACAGCCCCGGCGGUGGGGGACAAAGGGUUAAACAGAUUGUGGACGGACCGCGGUGCCGGGGCCUGAAGGAAGGGGACCUCCUGCUGGAGGUGAACAAGAAGAACGUCCAGAACUUAAGUCAUAACCAAGUAGUCGACACACUGUUAGAAUGUCCCAAAGGAAGUGAAGUGACUCUCUUGGUUCAGCGAGGAGGACCACUUCCCAAGAAAAGCCCCAAGUCGCAGGCACUGGAAAGGAAAGACAGCCAGAACAGCUCUCACCACAGCGUUUCCAGCCAGCGCAGUACACACACUGCCUCACCCGUACUGGGAGUUCCUCCCCUGCCCGACUACCCAGCCAGCGAGGCCCCGACACUCGACCAGACGGAUAUCUCCGGACAAAGGAAGCCAGACCCGUUUAAAAUCUGGGCCCAGUCUCGAAGCAUGUACGAAAGUCGACUUCCUGAUUACCAGGAGCAAGAUAUUUUCCUCUGGAGAAAGGAAACAGGAUUUGGAUUUCGGAUCCUCGGUGGGAAUGAGCCGGGGGAACCUAUCUACAUUGGCCACAUCGUCCCCAUGGCGGCGGCUGAUGCCGACGGCCGGCUGCGGACCGGAGACGAGCUGAUCUGCGUGGACGGCACGGCGGUGGUCGGGAAGUCCCACCAACUGGUGGUGCAGUUAAUGCAACAAGCUGCCAAACAGGGCCACGUCAACCUCACUGUCAGGCGCAAAGUGAUCUACGCAGCGCCGGGAGCGAAGGCCGAGACGGAAGUGUCUGCCUCGCCGGUCUCGUCUCACCACAGCAGCAACCAGGCGGUGGUGUCGCUAGUCGAGGAGAAGCGCACGCCGCUGGGCAGCCAGAACUCCCUCAACACCGUCAGCUCGGGGAGCGGCAGUGCCGGCGGCGGAGGGACGGGCGGUGGCGGCAGUGGCGGCAACAGCGCCAGCACCGGGCCGAGCCUGCACCCCUACGACGUGGAGAUACGGCGCGGAGAGAGCGAAGGCUUCGGCUUCGUCAUCGUCUCGUCCGUAAGUCGACCAGAGGCCGGCACUACCUUCGCAGGCAAUGCAUGUGUAGCCAUGCCUCACAAAAUAGGUCGGAUCAUCGAGGGAAGCCCCGCGGACCGCUGCGGCCAGCUGAAGGUUGGAGACCGCAUUCUGGCCGUUAACGGAUGCUCCAUCACCAACAAGUCCCACUCGGACAUCGUCAACCUGAUCAAAGAGGCCGGAAACACCGUCACUCUCCGCAUCAUUCCCGGGGACGAAUCGUCCAACCCAUCCUUGCUAACCAAUGCGGAAAAGAUUGCGACAAUCACCACCACUCACGCUCCACAGCAGCAGCAGCAGCAACAGGAAGGACGGAAUAAUACAAAACCAAAGCCAGAUGUAUCAUACGAAUAUAAAUCAGCUCAGGAGCCCGAGUUGUUCACGGUGGAGCUGGACAAAGGACCGAAGGGCUUUGGCUUCAGUCUCCGUGGCGGGCGGGAGUACAACAUGGACCUGUACGUGCUGCGGUUAGCGGAGGAUGGCGCGGCCAUCAGGAACGGGAAUAUGAAGGUCGGAGAUGAAAUCCUGGAGAUCAAUGGAGAAACGACCAAGAAUAUGAAGCAUUCUCGCGCUAUAGAGCUGAUUAAAAAUGGUGGUCGAAGAGUCAGCCUAUUUCUCAAACGUGGAAAUGGUUAUGUGCCCGAAUAUGACCCAAACAACGACAGGGGCAGUUCCACAACAGGCUCACAAAAUGUACCGGAAGUGAAACACUUAACAGAAAGGCGACCUCAUCCAUUACUGGAAUCCAGUUACCCACCAGAACUUCACAAAUCAUCACAGCACAUGGAAAGAAGGGUUAAUGACCGAGAGCAACCAACAGGCAGGAGGGAACACAGCAGACCAACCCAUGAACACCACAACAAGACCUGGAACGACACUUCCAAAAGAAAAGAGAACGUACCUGGAAGGAGAAGGGACAGAUCACCCGAGAGGAAGGAAAGAAGAGCAGAGAAUGGGUACCACCAAAGACCACCCGACAGCGGUAGGGAUGUAACGAGGAUGACAGACCACAGCCUGGAACAGAAUGGACGAUCGCUUGGCAGACGCACGGAACCAUCCAUUGACAGGAGGAAGAGGUCACCGGACAGGAGGUGGGAGGACCAACCUGACCGGGGGAGGGACAAUUCACCGGGCCGGAGAAACGAGAAGCCGUCGGAGAGGACGAGGGAGCGAUCUGCACACUGGAAGAAAGAUGCUGGGGCUGAGAGACGGAGGGAACGCUCGCCGGAGCGCAGGAGGCACAAGUCCCUCGACCCGAAGAGGGACAGGUCGCCCGAGAGGCGGAGCAAAGCUGAGGAGAGGUCCAAGCGCAGAGACGAGCACGGCGCGGAGAAAAGUGACUCUUCCAGAGGCCCUAGGCAGUCUCCACAGCCAAGAAGGAAACCGUUUAGGGAGUACAGCACUGAUCUUAGUAUCUGAAUCAAGAAUUAUGCACUGGACACGUCGGGUUCGCGCCCGAAAGGACCACGUGGGUUCUCUCAAACUAUCCCAAAGGUGAUGAAAGAUCAUCGGCUCGAAAGGAAACAAAAAAAAAACAGAGGCCUACUGAUGUGAAAAAAAGAAUAAAGUGGAACCCAAACAAAAAUAACUGUAUAUACGUCAGGAAAAAGUUAACAGGGAAAUGUGCCUGACCCAACACAUGCUAGGUUUGCUCAAAGGAGAAGAGUAUUGGAAUUACACGUCCAAUGUAAGCCUUAACUGUAUUAUUGAUUUUAGAUAACUUGCCAGAUAUUUUGUUAGUUUAAGGGGUGUCUCCAACGUUGUAACGAAACCAGACGACAUUAGCACAAAAUUAUUGCACUUUGUCGAAACAGUUUGCUGUUUUAAUACUGAAUAUUUUUCUAUUUAUCACGCAAUGAGUUUGCAAAAAGCGUUCUAAGGCAUCUGAAAGAAAACUGGUGGGUAUGGCAUUGUUUAAACUGCCGUGCAGAUAGCACAGUCGGAAGAGCGAAUGUCUAAGCUGGGAGGAAUAUGAUCCACAACGCUGAUAUCGAGGGAUGGAUAUGCUUUCACCAUUCGGAAAAAAAAAAAAAGAAAUAAUUUAAAAGAUUAUGCAGACUUGAGCAUCGUCUGUCAACAGGCGGUGCGUUCAAACAAGCAACUUGUACCGUAGGUUUAUUCGAUAGAUUUCUCUGCACCAUUGCUUUGAAGGAAGAAUGUAAGGUCUGCUGUGGUACUGAGGGAGAAUGCAGGAAGAAGCUGCCUCACUGAGCCAUGAAAGAUACUCUUCAUUAUAGUCGAACCACUAAAGUAAACUGCAUUCUGUGCUCCAGUGUGUACGUCUGUAUUGUUCACAUUCCCAUCAACCAACACAACAAACAAGCUCUGUCACUGAUAUUUGCCAUGCUCCUGUACAGAAUUGUAUGAUUAACCAUCAUAUGUACAAAGUUUAAAUUGUAAUUAAUAGAGCCUGUUGCAAAAUUAUGCCUUUCCUGUAAAAAGAGUUUAAAAAAAAAAAACCUAAUGGCAAAACUAAAUGUGAGGAAUGUGAUCAUGUUUAUAUUUCAGAAAUGGAACAAACUGAUGUAUGGGACAUAUUUUAAUGAUUCAGGUAUAUAAAACUCUUUUCAAAAGGAAUACUAUAUCAGUAAUUAUUAAGUUUUUGUUUGUUUGGGAAUCCUAUUUCUCAAUGGUGAUCUUGCCUGUGUAUUAUAAAGUAUGCGAUCUGUGUUCUUUCUUGCAAAUGUGCUUUCGACCUGAUGUUCUGCUGUGUAGAUUGAAAGCAGUAAAUGGACAAGUCUUUUUUUAAAUAUAACCUACUAUGCAUAUAUAAAUACGACAUUGUUCAUAGCUUGACCCGUGUGGCAAUAUACAUAGCAUAAGUGUAGUAAGGUGCAGCAGGUAGUAUUAUUAAUAUAUCCAUGUAGCUUCCACCCAAGAAAGACCACGAUGUAUAUGUAGCUACAAAAGAAGUCUGUGAAUGCUAUUUUUCUUAUCAAAUAAAGUUUUUCCAUGCAAAUUCAACAGUU